AAGCAUUGGUUUCUCAUGUGGCAAAUCUCUCUUUAGGAACUAGAGUUCUGUUAUCGGAGCCCUGGAGAAUCCCAGCUCUUCUCUGAGUUCUACGUUGACCAGCUGGAAUCAGGGAUCAGGUUGCAAAUGAGAGACAAGAAAGAUGGGACUGUGGUUUGGAAGGGCUUAGUGAAACCAGGAGACCUCAGACCUACAGCCACUCUCAUCCCACCAACCUCAAUAGAUGUCCCAGCCUUGUUGCACUUUGUGGACCAGUAUCGGGAGCAGCUGGUGGCUCGAGUAACAUCAGUGGACCCUAUUUUGGACAAGCUGCAUGGACAGGUGCUGAGUGAGGAGCAGUAUGAGACAGUGCGAGCUGAGGCCACCACACCAGGCCAAAUGCGGAAGCUGUUUAGCUUCAGCCGCUCCUGGAACCAAGCCUGCAAAGAUCAACUUUACCAAGCCCUGAAGGAGACCCAUCCUCACCUAAUUGUGGAACUCUGGGAAAAGAAGGAUGGCAAACGGGGCGCUCUGGAUAGGAUCAGCAGCUGAAGUCUGAACAUUUGCCUUUUGAGACCUGGCUAUCCCUGUCCUUUCUUAGGGUCUCAAUGUCUUGAUCUAUAAACAAGUAGCGUUUGGAGUUGCCUUUCAGCUCUAAAGUUAUGAAACUCUGAUGAUGCCUCUGCUCAGUUGUAUGUCUAUGCCCAGGGAUACUACACCUAGGCAACUAGAUUGCCUCCCUCUGCUCUCCUGGGCCAGUGUCCAGGAGGGAUGGCAGCAUCUCAUGAAUGUCUUUCUAGAGCUGAUGAGAUUCCUG